GUGUUGAUUGAGUGAGGUUCGGAAUUAAAAUUUUCAGCUUCUCAAUUUGAAAGGAAUUCAAGAUGAAAGUUAUUGUUGAUUGCGACACUGGAAAUGACGAUGCAUGGGCCAUAAUUUCACUACUUAGGUCGGAAAAAAUGCUGAGAAGCUACGAAGUUAUUGCAUUAACUUGCGUGCAUGGAAACACAAGUGUAGAGAACUCAGCGUUGAACAACUUGUUAGUUCUAGAAACACUUGAUCGUUUGGAUAUUCCUGUCUUCAAAGGUGCAGAGACCGGUUUCAUCAAAAAUAAAAUAUCAAUCGUUCCAUUUCACGGACUUGAUGGUUUUGGAAUGAUUUAUGAUAAGAAACCGAGCAAGGAAUUGAUUCAAAAGAAACAUGCAGUAUUAGCAAUUAAAGAUCUUAUUGAUGAGCACUCAGAUGACGUCACAAUCAUAACUUUGGGGCCACUUACAAACAUUGCGCUUCUCUUCAAAAUGUUUCCUGGAAUAUCAUCAAAAAUUAAAAGCUUCUACCUUAUGGGUGGAAAUCAUUUGGGAAUUGGAAAUAUUACAAAAUGUGCUGAAUUUAAUUUUUGGAACGAUCCCGAAGCUGCUCAAAUAUUUUUUGAAGAAGUGAAAUGUUCAGUUUAUAUUUUUCCACUUGAACCGUGUGUUACUGCUGGACUUUCAUUGCCGUUAAAUGAAUGGCGGUUUAAGGUAUUGUCGAGUAAUAAUAAUCCAUACACAAAUCUGCUUGAUCGAGUUGAAGCGAAAGCAUAUGGAAGUCGAAAUUGGGAUAUUUGGACACCUUGGGAUAAUUUCCUCGUUUCUUGUUUCAUCCUCCCACGCCUUAUGAAAAAAGUGACAAACAAAUUUGUAACUGUUGAAUUAUCCGGAAAUCACACUCGCGGACAAAUGAUCAUUGAUCACCAGAAAAAGGAGAAACCAAAUGCGUUUAUUAUUGAAGAAAUUGAUGUUGAAGAGUUUAAGAAAUUUAUGUUGUGGGUGUGUGAACACGAUGUUCCUGAUUUUAACAUUAAAAUAUUAAAAAUGAAGGUCAUUAUAGAUUGUGACAGUGGAAAUGACGAUGCUUGGGCAAUAAUUACAUUGCUGAGAGCUGAACAAAAGUUUAAUUUCAAAGUUCUUGCUUUAACUUGUGUUGAUGGAAAUACUACGAUCGAUCAUUCAGCUGUUAACAAUUUAUUGAUAUUAAAAACUCUUGAUCGUUUAGAUGUUCCUGUUUACAAAGGUGCAGACAGUUCGUUUAUUAAGAAACACACUCAACAUGAGUCAUUUCAUGGUCCUGAUGGUUUUGGAAUGAUUUAUAACAACAAACCUUCAGAUGAAUUAAUUCAAAAGAAACAUGCAGUUCUUGCGAUUAAAGAAUUCAUUGAUCAAAAUCCAAAUGAUUUGUCAAUAAUUGCAAUUGGUCCAUUGACAAACAUUGCCUUGUUGUUCAAACUUUAUCCAGAAACAGCUUCAAUGAUAAAAGGACUUCACAUAAUGGGAGGAAAUCACAAAGGAGUUGGAAAUAUAACUAAAUGUGCUGAGUUUAAUUUUUGGAGUGAUCCCGAAGCUGCUCAUAUUGUUCUAGCUGAAGCAAAUUGUCCAAUUUAUAUUUUUCCUUGGGACCCUUCUCGGCUAGCCAGUGAAUCGACACCAUUUGACGAAUGGCGGAUAAUGAAACUUUCAAAUAAUAAUAAUCCUUAUACGAAUCUUCUUGAUCCAAUCGAGAUUAAAGCUUAUCGAAAUAUUCUCGCUCAUUGGUGUCCGUGUGAUUGUUAUCUUGCGAGUUGUUUUAUCCUCCCACGCUUGAUUAAAAAAAUGAAUAACUGUCACGUUACUGUUGAGUUAUCUGGAUAUCAUACUCGCGGACAAAUGAUAAUUGAUCAUCAGAAGAAAGAGAAACCAAAUGCAUUUGUAAUUGAAGAAAUUGACGUUGAAGAGUUUAAAAAAUUUAUGCUGUGGGUUUGUGAACAUCCCGAUUCCGACUUUGAAUGA